AUGUCGGGGAAGUUGUGUUUCGUCAAGAUGACAGUCUUCCAAGUUUAUCUUUUGUCGCUGGCUGUGCCACAACUCCGUUUUCACGACAAACCUUGA